AUGGAAGAGUCAAGUGUUCGAGCAUGGAGUGACGUGGAUACAGUGGAAAACGACGUGGAAGCCAUUUCUCUUGCAUCUUUGGAUAUAAAUUCUGGUGUUGAUAUUCCUAAAGAAGACACUCACGGGGUUUAUAUACCGCCUGAAUUGAUGGAAAAAAUUGUUUGUUAUUUUGAUGGCCAGACUUUGCUUAAAUUCAAACAGAUAUCAAAGACAUGUGUUGAUAUUGCUAAUAAUGCACUUCGUUAUAACAAACUAUGGAAAAAAUUCUGCCUCGGAGAAAUACCUAAGAAAUACUUAAUUGAUUUGUUCACUAAACAAUGUGAUAAAAAGAUUCCAUUUGAAUCACUCUUGGAAAUUCAUUAUGAAAAAGCUUAUAAGAAAUGGGUUCAAUGGCAAAAUCCUGUUUUUAAAUUAACCUAUAUUGGGCAACACAAUUUUUUGGGUCUUAAUGGAGUAGUUAAACUUGUUUGUCAUGAACUUGAUGUCAUGAUUGUAUUUCCAAAUUUUAUGUAUUCAUUUACAAUUACAAAAAAUCAGAUCUCAGGAAAAUAUUAUGUUAUAAGUGGUUAUACCGAAGAUUGCAAGACGGAUGAACUCGUAGUGUUAAAUCCUAGACCUGUCAUGCGGCAUGCAGAAAGUAGAGCAAAUGAUGUUUUCAUCACUUGCCAUGAAAAACAUUCAAAUAUGUGUCCAUUGCAUGACUCAGUUUUUGAAAUACAUGAUGGAAAUAUGAGAGAACAUUAUACUGGAAGACUUGUUGAUGUGGACAUGAACCUUUAUACUAAUGUAUGUUGUUGGGUCCGAGAAACAUGGUACGAAUGGCAUUCAAAUAUUGAUUCAAAUGUUAUCAUGGGCCAUUUAUGCCCACAUUUAAGUUUUAUUUUGUUCACAUCAGUAGUUCAUGGGUUGAUAAUUAGCCGGAAUCAGACUAAUAGCAUUUUAAUUCAUGGUAUUUUUAAGGAUACAUGUAUAAUUGCUCAUUCGUGGUUGAAGAAAAAAUAUUCAGGAGCUUCUGCAAUAUACAUGUAUACAAACAUUUUGUUUGUUGGAACUCUAAAUGGUUACUUAUUGGCAUAUCGUUUGCACUGUAUGGAUGAUUUAAUUCAUCUGAAAGACAAAAAUAUACUGAUAGAAGCAAAAUUGAACAUGGGCCAGAUAAAUAUGUUUGAUAUCAUAGAUUUUGACGAUGUUAAAGUCUUAGUAGUUGCAUCGACAAAUAGUGUUCUUUGGAUUAAAAUUGAUUAG